UGGAAUGUAAACAAUUUGACAUUGACAAGACAAAGGUUCAUAACAUUAAUUUAAUGUAUAAUGAAAUUACUGACGACCCGUUACGAGAAUAUGUUUUGAAAAUAAUUCAGUUAGAUAAAAACCACUUAUCCCAGUUAACGAGUGUUUACAGUAUGGGGAAAAAAGUUGCGGCAGGAUUUGUGAUAUUCAGAUUAUCUAAAACAAUAGAAUAUCUACUUCUCCAAACGUCGUAUGGAAUAAAUCACUGGACACCUCCAAAAGGUCAUGUCGAUCCAGGUGAAACGGAUGUAAUGGUAACAGCAUUUAGAGAAACUCUCGAAGAAUCCGGAUUACAUGAGGAAGAUCUGGAGAUAUAUAAGGAUUGCAAAAAAAUAUUGAAUUACCAAGUUAAUGGAAAACCCAAAGAAGUUCAUUACUUUUUAGCAAAACUUGUGAAUCCUAAAGCGGAAAUAAAGUUGUCUAAUGAACAUCAAGAUUUUAAAUGGCUAGAAAUUGGUGAGGCUUGUCGCAUUGUGGGAUACGAAGAUAUGCAAUUGACUCUUAAAGAAUUUAAUGAGUAUAUUAUCAAAACAAACAAUAAUUUAAGUAAAUAAAUAAAAUUUAUCUAUAUGUUACAACAUAUAUGAUUACUACUGUUUUUAAGAGAAUUAAUUUGAAAAAUUCCAAUAUUUUGGUACAACAGUGAAGUGAAAAAUUUAUUAUUUUGAGUAAGGUAAGGCAUUAAAACACACUGAAUUCCAAAUAUUAUUCAACAAUGAAAUGUGUAAAAAUAUAUUUUUUAUAGUUAAAAAUACUAUUGAGCCCUUGAAAACUUUUCGAAAAUAAUUAUGAUUUUAUAAGCGUUAUUAUGAAUAAACCAAAUAAUGAA